AUGAGCUGGGGAGGCGUCAAGCAGCAGCGCAAGCUGCGGCUGUACCCCGAUGCCGAGCCGAAGAUCAAGACCGACUACCAAGUCGCGCGCCAGGCUGCGGUCGCGGCGUGGAACAGCUCGCGAAACACGGAAGUCAAGCGCCUCCUUCGCCCCGGCAUCGCGGACGGCGCGGAGAACCUCGCGGCGAACAUGACCAGGGCGGGCGCGAUCGCGGUGAACCUCGUCCCGCUCGCCGCGGACGAAGUCUGCGUCCUCGCGGACGGCCUGAAGAAGGCGAAGAGGAUGUCCGUGAUCAGGCUCAAGUGCGAAUCCAGAGGCGGUCUCGAGGGCGCGGGCGUCGCCGCCGUCGCGAAAUCCGCCGCGGCGCUCGGACGCGCCGUCACCGCGCGCAAGCAGGUGGUCGCGUCCGCGCUGUCGAACGAGCGCGUCGCGCGCAAGCUCGGGCAAGCCGUCGCCGCGCAGCUGAAGCAGACGAGAACGCUCAUGGAGCUCGAGGUUGGCUCGAACCUCGGCGCCGCCGCUUCCGAGGCGAUGGCGAAGGGCGUCGCCGCGAACGAAUCGCUCGUGCGGCUGUCCUUCGCGGACAGCAACAUGGGCGACGCCUCGUUCGCGAAGCUCAUCGACGGCUUGCGUCUGAACAAUAAGAUACGCGAGCUCGACCUGAGCGGGUGCGGGCUCACGGACGCGAGCGGGACCGCGAUCGGAUCGAUCCUCCGCGCGCACGCGUCUCGACGCGCGACGAUGACGUGGGAGAGUAACCUGCGGUGCUACCCCGGCAGCGCCGCGGCGAGGGACCUCGCGAACCGCGGCGACGGCAGCGGCGACGGCGGCACCGGCGGGCUGACGUCGCUCAACUUGUCGUACAAUAACCUCAGCACGGAGACGAUCAAGUCCAUCGCCGCGGGGUUACGGCAGGACACGAAGCUCGCGUCGUUGCGUCUGAAGGGGAACAAGAUCAGCGAAGAAGCCGCGGGGAUGCUCGGUCAGGCGAUGAAAGAGCACCCGAAGCUCGCGAGCAUCGAGCUCGAGAUGUCCACGGUCUCGAACGUCGACCUCGGGACCUUGCGCGUCGUCCCCGGAAGCGAAGUCUCGUUCGAUCACCCGGAGAUGCAAGGCGAGACGAUCGUGAAGAAGGACGUGUUCAUGGACAUGGACGUCCGACCGGACACGCCCAGGGGCGCGCGGCUCGCGGAGGCGAAAGCCGCCGCCGCCGCGAUCGCGGCCGGGGUCACGACGAAGAAGAAGCGCCGCCCCGCGAGCGCGGCGCCGCCCGCGAUCGGGACGCUCACCGCGUCCGGCAUGGCGGGGUGGUACGAAGGCAAACGAGGAUGGUCCCCCGCGUCCGCGGCGCCGCCGCCGAAGUGGAAAGCCAUGGGCGAGCACGCGACCGCGGCGAGGGUGCCGACCUCCAUCGGGGACAACCUCGAGUUCGCCGCUGGCGUCGGCGCGAGCGCGCUCGGACGCAAAGAGCGCGCGUCCGCGGCGUUCGCGCGGCCGAUGAGCGCCCCCGCGGGUGGGAAGAAGAAGCGGACAGUCGUGAAGAAGAAGGCGUCGCUGCCGCCGCCGCCCUGGGGCAGCACCCUCGGCGCGAUGCAGAAAUCACCGGGCGACGCGCGCAGAGACGCCGUGCUCGCGACGCGGACGAACGCGAUGGCGCCGAAGGAUGAGAAGGCGCUCGUGCAUCAGCUCACGCGCGCGUUGAACACGCUCGAGGAUCGGAUAUCGACGAUGAACGCGGACGAGUUACGCGAGCAGGUGUCCGCGGCGGCGAGGGCGGCGGCGACGGCGAGCAAGCUCAGCACGAUGCAGGGGCGGGCGAACAAGAAGUUGACCGCGAAAGUGACGGAGGACCUCGCGGCGCUGGAGAAGAUCAUCUCGUGA